AUGGACGGGGACCUGGAAAUCUCCAUCGACAAGCUCCCAAUCAAACGAGUUGAAUUCAUCGAAGAAAACGGCGCCGAACGAUUUCCGCCAGAUGUAGGGCAUGAUGAGAAGAAAGUAGAGUUGAUAAGGAAAAUAGACUUCGCCUGGGCGGUGGAGAGAGAGGAGGACAAGCAGCAGGAGCCGGCGAGCAAGAAGAAGAAGGUCAGUGACGCUGCUAAGGAGAAGGAGACAUCCUCAACUGGUGCCAAUCAGCCAUGGCAGUGGCAGAGUUUGGUCGAGAAUUUGCAAUUAGCUCACCAGGAGCUCUCCGUCAUUAUCGAUCUUAUCAAUACUGUCGAGGCAAACGAUGCGGUAACUGUGGCUAGCAUGACCAAGCCGAAGCAGCUGCCUAAUGAGCAUUUGUCCGACCUUGCUGUAUCUACAGCAACUAAGCUACAAUGCUUUCAGCAUUUGGGGAAAUAUUUGAAGCAAUCUUCUAAAGCAUUGCAAAAGCAGGUGACAAGAGAAGCCAGGUUUUAUGGUGCUCUCAUUAGAUUACAGCAAAAUUGGAAAGUUAAACGGCAUCGCUUAGUGGCUGGUGCCUCUGCGAAUGAAGGAUUCUACCUGGAUUUGGUUGAUAAUUCCUUAAAUGAUCCAGCAGCAGUAUUUCGCCCAUCCUCUCUGUCCACUGUGCGAGUGGAACGUGAUUCAGCUGGAAUGCUAGCUGUAAACUUGCCUCCAAAUUCGCGCCGUUCUCUUGUCUUCAAGUUUCUCGGGCCACAUUCAUUUUAUAAUGCUACCAACACCAGUAGAUCAAAAGAACAAGCUAUCUCAGAAGAAAAUGUUAGUGAUGACGCUUCUGUGAGGAAAACACACAAACUAAUACGUGAAGUUCAUUUAGCCAUUUUCUCAGAGCAGGUAUUUGAUUUAGUGAAUCGUGAGGCAUUUAACUCAUCGAGAAAUGUCAAUGUAACUGGAAUACAAGAAAAUUUUUUAAGGCUGAACAUAGGUCAAGAGGCAUCUGUGUCCAUUUCACUUGUACAAUCUUCUGAUGGUAUUCAAACGGGAAGCAAUGCGAGCACCAAGAAUCUGGAAACUGAAAGUUUACCAAUGGAAUUAUCGGAUGAGGAAGAGCAAAAGCCUAAGAAAUCCGCCCAUUCCAUUCAGACAAACUUCGCUAUCUAUUUGGAACAUUUGUUCCAUGAACAUGUGCUUGUCAAAGCCAAGAAUAGAGCUGCAUCUUUUGGUAGGAUUAAUGUUCAUGUUCAACCAGGGAAGGACAACAUGAAUCUUCUAGGGCAUUUUAACCUGUCUCUAGCUCAUAGGAUUUUUUCGGCCAAAGUUCUUACUGCUUUGGAAACUCUGGUGGAUGGGAUUCCAUAUGUCCGUUUGAUUUCACAUCCUAGUUGGCAUUCUCGGACAUCAUCUUGGACUAUUUGCGUCGAGAUUCCUCAGUCUACCUUACUUGCCGGAAGCCAAACUCAUAUUUCUGCUCUGACUCACAUGAAGACUUCUAAGUCUCAGUUAUCGACUAAGGUGUUGGUUAUAGAUGAUUGUAUUAGUGUGGAAGGGGAAGGCGCUCCUAAUGUCAUUGGUUUGUUCAAAGGAAAAUCCGAAACUAUUUCUCCUAUGAACAGAUACAAAUGUGACUUGACAGACCUUCCUGUCAUCCUUUUACAGCAGAUUGCUAGCCAGAUCAUUAGGUGGCUUCAUGAUGAAGCCCGCUCAUUGGGAAUAAAAGCAAGCCGGGACUUUUUAUCUUUAUCAUUUGAACUGGAGCAAGGUGAAAUAUUGAGCGUGGUGGCGCAUGUUGACCCCGAAGAUGCUCAAGGGUGUGUUUCUUGGUGGCUAGUCAUGGAGGAUGGUUUUGCAGAAGAGAACAAAUUUCAAAUGGACAUGACCAAUAGUGAAUCUGCAACGAGGAAGUUUUUGGGCUACUUACCUUUGGAUGCGCUACACGCUACACUAUUUGAUCUGGUUGACCUUUGCGCCGGUGGCGGGGCUCGCUGA